GGGGGCACCCGCACUGCAUGCCGGGACGGCGGAGCUGCAGCGAGGCGGAAUUCGCCCUCUGAGAUGAGAAACAGCCGCCAGAGUCUCGAUCCGCGCUUCAGGUGGAGAUGACAGGUUCUUGCCAAUGGGUGUGAGCCGGCUUGAUGUUCUCUACAGAAAGCUCCUCCUCACCAAACUCUUCAUCCAGGGAUGGGGAAAGCCAGAAGACCUGAAAAGAAUAUUUGAGUUCCGGAAAAUCAUUGGCAACCGAGACAAGUGUAAACACUUGGUACCCCGGGAUUAUCCAGUGUUUACUGAUAAGGUGGAGGAUCACUCCGACUGUAAAAUCCACAAUGGACACUUCAUAUCUCCACUGGAGCACCUGGUCCCAGGCGUUCUGCCUGCCGAGUCUGUUAAAGCCAGGUUCCAGUUUAUAGUACCCAAACGAUGGAGGAAGCACAGACCAGUCUGCAUCCAUCUGGCUGGAACUGGAGACCAUUUUUUCUGGAGGAGGAGAACCCUCAUGGCCAGACCCAUGAUUAAAGAAGCAGGAAUGGCCUCCUUACUGCUGGAAAACCCUUACUAUGGAUACAGAAAACCCAAAGAUCAAGUACGUUCCAGUCUGAAGAACGUCUCGGACCUGUUCGUGAUGGGCGGAGCUCUUAUACUGGAGUCUGCGGUUCUGCUUCACUGGUUGGAGCGGGAGGGCUUCUGGCCGCUGGGCAUGACCGGCAUCUCUAUGGGAGGCCAUAUGGCAUCUUUGGCCGUCACAAACUGGCCCAAGCCGAUUCCUCUGAUACCCUGUCUGUCCUGGACCACUGCUUCCAACGUUUUUACUACAGGAGUUUUAAGUAAAGCUGUAAACUGGAGACAGCUGGAGAAGCAGUACGCCACACACACUGUAUACGAGAAGGAGAUCAUCCACAUGCUGGAGUACUGUGGGACAGAUUCAUUCCGGAUGGGUCAGGACUUCGUGAGGAACUCCCCAGGCAGUUUCGAGAAGCUCUCUGGUCUGGCCCUGUCCCGGGACCUGCUGGGUCUGAGCGGCGCGGAGGGCGAGCAGGUAGGGGGCAGGCCAGGGGCCGGCGGGCGAGGUCCGGACCCCAGCCUGCUGCUGCAGCGGAGGGACGGGGACGGGCUGGACCGCAUGCUGUCGGCCGUGAGCAGCAGCCGGCCGCACAUGGACAUGCUGCACGCCAAGAACAUCAGCCCCGGAGCGGGACAGCGCCACUCCCUGCAGAGAGAGUCCCUCUGCUUCAUGAAGGGGGUCAUGGACGAGUGCACACACAUCGCCAACUUCUCAGUGCCGGUAGAUCCCAGUCUGAUCAUCAUUGUUCAGGCCCGGGAGGACGCGUACGUCCCUCGUACCGGUGUACGCAGCCUGCAGGAGAUCUGGCCCGGCUGUGAGGUUCGCUACCUGGGAGGAGGACACGUCAGCGCCUACCUGUUCAAACAGGCCAUCUUCAGGAAGGCCAUUUAUGAUGCCUUUGACCGGUUUGUUCAGAAGUAUCCUCUGCUAUAGCCACGGUUCUUCACCCUCAGUGGGACGCUGGAACGGAGAACGCUGAAUAUACUGUUAUCCAGCAGACUGAGCGAAGACCUCGUAACUCCGGAACUAGCCUUGUGGUGCUACUGAAGACUGACAGCGAGUGUAGUAUUUACAGAAAUAGAGUAUUUUGAUUAUAGAGAUUUAUAAACUGUGCUCUUAUCAGUUCACAUCGUUUAAAACGCCAACCAACACCAGACCUCUCAGAUCACCGUCUGCAUACCUGCGCUGCCUUUCACACUGUCUGUCAUUACUGAAGCACAUUUCACUUACAGUAACUGCACCUCAAAUCACUGCCAAACCUGAAGUAUCUCAUCAUUCUGAAUCAUGUGAUCGUAUUUAUAAUUGAAUUGUAUUAAUAAUAAUGACGACUCUAAAUCGGUAUCAUCCUUCCCAAUUGUGAACACUUGGCCUAAUAUAUAUAAAGAUAUAAAAAGUCCUUCAUGUCUCUGUUUCUCCACUCAAAAAUAAUAAAGACUGACCUGAGUUGACCUUUA